AUGGGGAGAAGGCCAAUGAUCUGGACUCUUUCAAAUGAACUUCUUGUCUCUGUGAUCGAAUACUCGGACGGCCCGAGUCGCGCGGCCCUGGCACGAACAUGCCACGCUCUCAACCUCUUGACAACCCCAUAUCUCUACGAAUCGGCAGACAUUCGACACGGCAAAAGCAACGAAUUUGGACAGACAGUUGAAACAAAAUAUGCCGAGCUGGUCCGCUAUGUCACAGUCACGAUUGAUGAUUGGAGGACCAAUAUCUCGCCCUGUCGUGUUGUACCAUGUCUUGAGAAGCUAAAGAAUCUGGAGAGCCUCACUCUGGACGGUGGCUACUGGAUGUGGGACACCGAUGAAGAAAACUGGGAUACCCUUGAAGGAUGUCUUUGGGAUUACCUUGAAAAGGCAAGCUUGCAACAACCGCUAGAAUCGCGAGUUUCUACGAAUCUUCGAUCUCUUACUCUCGAUCGCACUGAGCGCAAUGGCCAAGCAUCAUUCAUUCACUAUUCGCACGUCUUCAUCAUCCCACAACUCCAUGAUCUCACAUUACGUGGCUUUAUGCUCGAAGAAGAAGAUGGCGAGUUUGAUCAGCACUUUGUACGCCAAACCGAACUUCAGUCUCUGCGCAUUGAAAGGAGCUAUGUGAACUUUGAAGCUAUAGCGAAGAUCUUGCGUGCUCCCAGGGCAUUGAAACGUCUUAGGAUCUGCCAUUCGGAGAGCCUCUGGCACCAUGAGCUGAAGAACGCAGAAAUUAACGAAUCAACAGUGGCUGACUUUGUAGCGGCUUUGCUCCCGCAUCGUGAUACGCUCGAGGAGAUUCAAGUGAGCGUUACUAACGAUCACGAGGUUUACGAUAAUCCCGCCAAUGUUCCAACAAUCAAUGCCCCGAGCUUCCGCAAACAUGCAGCCAAGUUUCCGGUACUGAAGCGUUGGUUUGGCUGUGAUACGAAUACGUUGACGGAUUAUCUUGGGUCGGGCAAAAUCGGCUCGUCUGGCGACGAUGGUGAAUGA